AUUUCAUUAACAAACUCAAUUGAAUUAUGCAUUUUUCUCAUUUCUGAAUUCAUUUAGUCACAGCAAAUAUUGUUUAAAAAGAAACUCGAAUGAAGCAAAGAUAUGGCCUGUUGCGUCUUUUAUGAAGUUCAAACAAACAUUCGGGUAAAAAUAAAUAUAGAAUAAACGACUCGAACUCGAACUCGAAAGCGAACAAGAAGAGAAGAGAACAGGGCAAACAACGAACGCUUAUCACAAUAUUAUGGCAACUCGUCAUUAGCUUAAUGAACCCUUCAGAUAAGCAUCGAUGAGUCUCGUCUCCCCUCUCUCUCUGUCUCUCGCACUCUGCAGUGCUGACCUUGACCAAGCAAUCAGCUAAUACAGGUGAGCAGAGUAGUGUGUGCCUGUGAUAUGUGUAUGAUAUUUAGCUUAUAAAUGCUAUUACCAAGCAAAAGCCAAAAGGUUGUGCCACACAACAUUCCAUGGGAAUUCAACGCUUAGUCAUGUUCGGAAGCCAACAUCAUCGCAACAUCAUUCACCUGAAGCUGAAGCACAAGAUGAGUGCCACAGCGGCAGCAGCGUGGCUCUUGCGUCACGCCUGCAACUAUGCCACAUUUCUGGGCUUCAUCUGGUUUGGCAUUAAGAGCAAUCACAAUCACGAUGGCUCCCUGGUGGCACAGAAUCGCUACUGCUACAAGUGGUUCUGUCUGUUAUCGCGCCUUCUGAUAUGUGGCUACUUUGCCUAUAGGAGCAUGGCUUUCAUCAGUAUCACCAGCAAUCCGCAGAUGAUUGUGCUGUUAUGGAUACGACUUGCCGGCUUUCUCACCUGCUCCGGUGUCAUUAUGUUGAUGCAGUUUUGGUAUGGUCAACGCAUUGUUCGCAUCGUUAACGAUUUCCUGCGACUCUUUCGACGUGUGAGAGCGCUGCCUGGUUGCCAACUCAUGCAAUUCGGUGGCCGACGUGAGCUCGGAUUGCUCAUCUUCAAGACCAUGUGCCUGCUGUAUGAGCUGGCUUGCGAGUUUCCCAUGUUGUUCAACGAACUCGAUGUCAGCUACAUUCUGACCGUACUCUGUGAUAUGUACAUUACCAUCAAUGCAAUGAUGAUCGGUCACGCCUGCUUUGUGGGCUUCCUCAGCGUGGGAGCUCUCUAUGCCCAAGUGAAUCGCUAUGUGCGUCACGAGCUGCGACGCCAGCUGCGUGGCUUGGAGCAGCCAAAUGGUCAGUGCGCCAGUCGACGGGAGCUGAAGGCUGCCGGGUAUCGUCUGGACGAGUGUCUGGCCAUCUACAAUGAGAUUCAGCGGGUUAGCAGCUCAUUUCAGGAACUCAUUGAGCUGCCACUUUCGCUGAUUCUUCUCUUUCUAUUUCUGAGCAUGACGCUGGUCUCGUAUUUUGUGAUGCUCAAUCGAUUUCGUGAUUACAGCGUUAUGAUGCUUGUGGUCAAGUUGUUCAUGGAUCUGGUGCUGCUCACUCUGGCCAUUCAUGGGGCAAGCAGCAGCUCGAGGGUCAUCAAGCGGCUUAGUCUGGAGAAUUGUUAUGUGACCGAACGCAACGAUUGGCAUGUGAGGCUGGAAAUCUUUUUAAAUCGCCUCAAUUUCUUUGAAUUUCGCGUCAAUCCUUUGGGUAUGUUCGAAAUAUCCAACGAACUGAUAUUGGUUUUUCUCUCCGGCUUGGUCACAUAUCUCACGUACAUAUUGCAAUAUGGCAUUCAGUCGAAUCAAAUUGCAUUCAACAUGAAUUCAAACCAUAUUUAA